AUGUUUGCCCCAAAGACAUCUGCGCCUGCCUCAGGUGGCUUGUCCUUAACUACCGGCGGCACCAGUUCGUUAUUCGGCAAUACACAAAGCGCAACCACGCCCGCUGCUGGCGCAACAAAUACUACCGGCGGUCUUUUCGGAAACACCUCGACGGCACCUAAGCCUGCGGGAAGCAUGUUUGGAGCUGCAGCCCCUCAACCUGCACAGAACGCUGGUGCUCCUGCGCCCAGCGGUGGUCUUUUCGGCAACACAGCCGCCACACAGCCUCAGACUGGCGGCUUGUUUGGUGGAACUCCUGGGGCAGGCGCUGGCGCUGGCACCAACACGACUCAGCCUGGAACUGGAUCCAGCUUAUUCGGGAGCAGCAUCGCUGCUGGUGGUAACACGAACUCCACCCUUCAGACUGGCAAGUCACCAUUCGGUGGUGGCCUAGGUGGUGGUCUUGGUGGUGGCCUUGGGGGUGGUGGACUCGGCCUCGGCGGUGGACUGGGUGGUUCAACACUUGGUGGUACCCAAAACAAUCAACAACAGUCCCAAAAACCCAGUCUCUCGGUCUUCAAUACUGGUACGACACAGGGAACCCAGCCCUUACAACAAAACAACACCACCGUCGUUCAGGGUGUCAAGGUCGACCUUACCAACCUGCUACCCACUACGAAGUUCGAGAGCUGCGCCGAUGAGAUUCGCUCCGAGAUCGAGGCAAUCGACAACCACAUUCUCACUCAGAUGAAGUACUGUAACGAGGUCUCGGACCUGCUCCCUACUAUUGAAAACCAGGGUUCUCUUAUCCCCAACGACGUUGAAUUUGUGCAAGGGAAAUUAGAAACGAUGCAGAACGCGCUGGAAAACGACGCCCGCGACAUUGAUGGUCUCCGCAGUCUUGUUGCUCGCGAUGCGGCCGAGGCACAGGUUGCAUUCCGGGCUAUUGACACACUAAAGCUACCUCUGCAGUACCAAUCCAACAGUGGUGGCUGGUGGUCUGUGCAAGACCAAAAGGCCCCCGAGAUCCGCUCAACGCGCAAGAACACCCUCGCUCUUCCCGACGACGUCGAGGGAGACCCGUCCGCGACUACCGUCAACGGCGUUCCCGUCAAUCUGGUCGACUACUUCUCACACCGCUCUGAUGAAAUGGGAGCAGUACUGGCUCGUUACACUGGAAACCUCAAGGAAAUUGAGGACCACCUCCACGGCGUCGAAGCCACCCUCAACCGCCAGAUCAACGACUUUGUGAGCUCCAAGUCUCGCGAUGGACCUGGAUCCACUGCUCCCAAGUCCACUGUGAAUGAACUCGCGGCAGUCCUCGGGGAUGUGGAGGCCGGUAUCAUGGGCGUCGCAGGUCGUCUCAGUACAGUUUCAGAACAGGUACAGGACAUUUCCAUGGGGGCCCUUGGAGAUGGACGGCUCAACCUGUGA